AUGCCGCUGCUAGAGGCUCCUGCCGAGUAUCUGGAGACCUCUCCGGAGCACUCCCUUCAGGCGGAGCUACCCAUAGUUUUAGCUCCGCCCGGACCGGCGGCUUUAGCCCAGGUACGAAUGCCUCCACCUGAGGUUCGUCUCAACCAGCAUAAUCCCGCCCAGCAGCAGCAACGGGCGCAGUUUAACCGUAGACAACUGGGUCGCCGUAACUCCUUCGACCGGGAUGUGCCCAUUGCCGAGGAGACUCAGCAUCUUCCGGCCUUCGUUCAUUUGCUGCCCGUGGUGUUGCCCCAACAGGCUCCGGAACCUACAUUAGACGAGCUAUUGCGGCGAGUGACUCAACGCACAGAUCUGGAAGCUGUGGAAUCGGUGCGGCUGCGCGUGAUUUCCUACACAAUCAGCCUAUCCCGCCUGUCCCUCUUUCUGCCGCGUCUUCAAAACCUCGAUCUGAGCGGCAGUGUUCUGAGUUCUCUACGUGACCUGGGAUACGGUUUGCUCCACUUGACACGGCUGGAUAUUAGCAACUGCGGUUUGAACAGCUUCGACGGGACCAGUGGGCUGCCGGCAAUCAGAGUGCUCAUCGCCGAUGGAAACAUGAUCCAGCGGGUGGAUCCUCUGGCCGAACUGGUCCAUCUUCGGGUUCUAAAGGCAAGGAAUAAUCGGAUCAGUGAACUGGGCUUGCUCUCCUUUCUGGGAAUGUGUCCCCAGCUACAAGAAGUGGAGUUGCAGGGCAAUCCGGUCUGCCGUCUGCCACUCUACCGCUCCCUCCUCGCACGCAGUGUCCCCACGCUGCAAUUGUUAGAUGGACGGGUGUUGAACGCACCCAUAGCUCAGGGGGAGAUUGGGGAGACUUCAUCUCCGACGUCCAGCGAUCUGGAGUCUGGCUCAGAGGCGACUGUCCAACGUCCAUCCACAGCUCCUGCUCCAGAGCCCAUUCAGAUAUCCAUGAAUGCCGGUAUACGGCGGCAGAUGUCAGCCAGUUCCACCUCUACCCCGGUGGCGGGAUCGGUUUUGGGUCUAGUGCGCCAACGAAGGAGGCGCAGUGGCCACGCUUGGGUCAGUUCGUCGUCCUCCUCGAGUGGAUCAUCUUCCGCCUCCUCAACCAGGUCAACUAGGGCACCCUCCAUGAGCUCCUGCUCCUCCAACGGCAGCCUCGACGUCCAGUCGUCUACUUAUGCCUUCAGUCCGCAGUCCACGUUGGAUUAG